AUGUACACAAAUCUAGUUAAGCUCCAGACAGGAACGUUCAGCACUGUGUACUGGGCUCAACAUGCGGAAUCUCUACAGGAAGUGGCGCUCAAAGUGAUCACAAAGCCAGGCACCGGCGACACUGCAGAUCGGGGUGUGGAUCCGAGUGCCGUGCACAAAGAACUUCGUAACGAGCAGAUGGCGAUCCUCGUGCAGAACGAGCUGGAUAUCCUUUGGUCCCUAGGCCAGUCGCACCCAAACAUCUGCGGAUUGCUGGAUUUCGGCAAGAGCCGGCAUCACUGGUUGUUUGUCAUGGAGUACGCUGCCAACGGAGAUCUUUACGAACUGAUACGGAAGCUGUGGCUUAAACAUGAAAACGGUGGUCACGGUGGCUGUCACGUGACAGGAGGUGUCAAUGACAAUCGCUGCCAGGUGCUUUCGUACGGGAGUGACGCUGCUGCUACUGAUGGGGUCCCUGAAGAAGUGUGCAGUCUGGAUCUCGUCGAGGCGGUCUCGCAGCUGUGCGGCGCAAUUUCAUAUGCACACAAGCUGGGAAUUGCACACCGUGAUAUCAAACCCGAAAACGUACUUGUGGACAAAAACGGUGUCUUCAAGCUCGCGGACUGGGGCCUGAGCGUCAAGCAAAGCGUGUCACGUGACCACGGGAUCGGUACGGAGAAGUAUCUAGCGCCAGAGGCGCAUUCAGAAGGGUAUGACACAUUUGCUGCAGAUUUGUGGUCGCUUGGGAUUACGCUUUUAUACGUCAUGUUUGGCGUGUGUCCAUUCCGGCGCGCGGUGCCCUCAGACCCAAAUUUCGCGCGCUACUGCCAAAACCCUCGCAAAUUCAUGAUUGAGUACUAUUUCAAGGACACCAAGAAAAACCCGGGCCAGAUCAGAUCUCCCUGGAUACAUCUACCGUUGGGUGCUUACGCGAGCCGAGACCACUAUUUGAUGCACAUGCUGCUCUGCAUCGUCAACUGCUUACUGUCUCUGGACCCUCUACAGCGGCACAUGGGCUGGUUUCUGGCAAGCUUGGGUGCCAAUCACAAUGAGGGGUCUGUGGAGUACAGUCCUCGUGGCUCGCAUUCGGACAACCGCCACAAUUCCAUCGCGUCCGUCACUUCAGUGGAUUCAGAAGAAUCUAUUUUCUCGAACGGCUCGGCGAUGUCUACCCGCACCACGCCACCCAGAGUAAAUACAAGACGGCCCCGUUCCAACAGUGACAGCGCCAGUGUGACCCAAGAUUUUUUUCACUCCGGCAUCGUCAUGAAUCCUGACGCUGUAGCAUGCCUCUACGACCAAAAGAGAGGCGCAAAUUUAGCAUCGGUCGCGGACCAAGUCCUGCGCCAAGAACUGGCACUUGAGCCAAAUAGUUGA